CGCGAUAGAUAUGAGAUUUUAAAGAAUGAAUUUACUUAAAAAUGGACUAUUUCAGCGUAGAAUUUCCUAUGCUAGUGAUCGACCAGAGAAACAAAAAUGUUGUUAACAAUCGGCCUAUUUCUUAUAGCAGCUUUUGAAGCCUUCAAUUGCCAAAGUUCACCGGAAAUAACUCCGAUCGAGGGGGGUUUCAACGGUACCGGAAUAACAACCCUUUAUUGGGAUUGUUGCAAGGUUUCAUGCGCGUGGUUUGUGGAAUCGACUAACGUAAAAUCGCCGGUACAAGCAUGCGAAGUAGACGGGAUCACUCCGAUCGACUUUAACGCACAGUCGGGAUGCGCAGAAGAGGGUAGUUCGUUCACUUGCAACAGCCAACAACCCUGGAUAGUCAACGACACUCUGGCUUACGGAUUUACCGCCGCCUCUUUCACUGGUGGAGCUGAUACCAGCAACUGUUGCAGAUGUGUACUACUGUCCUUCCUAGGUCAAUUACAAGGCAAACAAAUGUUGCUGCAGAUAACAAAUACCGGUGGUGAUUUAUUCGAAAACCACUUUGACAUCGCAAUUCCUGGAGGUGGAGUCGGACUUUUCAACUUGGGAUGCAUUAGGCAAUGGAAUGCACCAGAAAAUGGUUGGGGAGCAAGAUAUGGCGGUAUCUCGACGCUUAGCGAAUGCGACGACUUGCCGGAACAACUACAGGACGGCUGCAGGGUUAGAUUCAAUUUUUUGGAGGGAUACGACAACCCUAACGUUACGUUUACCGAAGUACAAUGUCCCUCUGAACUGACUGCUAUAACUGGUUGCGUGUCUGACGUGCAAAAUUAAUGUAAUUUGUUAAAAUAGUAAAUAUCUAGUUUAAAUAUACAAAGAUAUAAAAGAUAAUUAUUUAAAGCAUAGUUCAGAUACAUAAAAGAUAGAUUUAAUUAAUGUUUGUCUACGCCCUACUCUAAAAUAAGCAAUACAAACACGGAUUUGGUAGCGAUGGGAUGUUUCCGAUAGACGGUAAUUUGACAUUCAUUUGUCAGUUCUAACGGUCACGUACCAUGUCACUCAGUGAAUCUUUUCGUGCCGUUUUGAAAAAAGGUACGUGAUCCAGUGCGCUAUGCUCUUGUCAAAUCAAACGUUUUACUGGAGUGGCGUUUAUCAAGCUUGUUACAAAAUAUACUAUUACACAAAUAACUGCAAAUACUUUACAAUCUUAAAUAUUAAUAAAUAAAUAUAUCGGAUAAAUAAACAAUAAUAAAAUAAAUUAUAAUAAAAUGAAAAAAGCUGAUAAACGCAUUGUGAGUGAUAAGAAUGAUUUAUGUUAUCUACAUGUUGGAUUUGGAACAGGUAAGCUUAAUGUUGAUCGGGGCCUCAGAUGAAGCCGUAAAGGAACUGAACCCCGAAUAAUACCAAAUGAACUUUAACAAUAAACAAUAUCAGCAUGAAUCAUACAACAUAACCUGAAAUUCAUACGAAAAACAUCACAAUUAUUCCGUAUUUUUUCAGCUAGAGGGUUCGCUCUAUUUUAAAAUCGCCAAUAGUUUUCUAAGAUAUUGGUCGGUCAACGAUAUUGAGUGCGAGCGCACCAUUUCAUAAUAUUGCAAUAUUUCCGUAGUUAUUGCAUUGUAACUAAUUAAUAUAUGAAUAGCAUUCAGAGGAGUGUUUAAUUGUAUCUCACCAGCAGGAUAGGAUAGCACAAAUGUAAUUGUGAAAUAAAAUGUUACUAACAAAUGUUUCAAAAGCUUUACUCAAAUAUUCAACAAUAUUAAGUAAUAUUAUGUACCCAUUUUGGAAAUACUUCUGUGACAGGUUGCAAAUUAAUUUUUGUUUUUGGUUGUUUUGUUUGGUUGUUGAAUUUAAUUACUUAAUUAUUCAUUUUAUUAUUAUUAGUAUUAAUAUUAAUUAAUAUAUUAAUAUAGGUAAGGUACUUUAAUAAAACAUAAAAACCUACAAUAAUUGCUUUUUAACUUUUUAAAGCACUUACUUUCGAUAUCGAUUUUGACGUUUAAUUUAGUAUAAUAUACCUAUGAAGCCAUCAGCAUAAGUUUAAUUACCAACUUAUUUAGUUUGUUCCAGAAGAUAUUCUCAAGCACUAUUAUUAAAACCAAUAUCAAAUGACCGCCAAAAAAUUCUCACAAGACUUCAGCAGUACCUACUUUAAUUACAUUUAUGACAUGUGCGAUAAAGCAAUAUCCCAUCAUUUUAAAUCAAAUUUCAAUCAACCUUAUUCUACCCUUAAAGUUCAUGAUUGUCCCUCACUAUCGUUUACGAUCCUGACUUAUGGAGCAACAUCAGUUUGAUAGAACUGUGCUAUAACUAUGAAGUACGUUGCAACUACACCUAACAAAGACAACAUCGUAGAACGAUCAAUUUCAAAGAAAUCUGCUGCUUUAAAGGCGGUUCUUUCUUGUCUUAUUAGAUUGAUGAAAUACUGGAUUUCUUGAUGAGUUUCGGAAUAAACGGAAUACUGCCUCUGUAGAUUGUAGCAGACAGGAAUCAGACUGUGAGAUUCUCGUGUCACGAGAUCACAACAGAGGGUAGUUAUAAACACUGGUAGCUGAAAAUUAAGAAAUAUAUAUCAUCGCAUUAAACAUAGCUGAAUUGUUGAUAUCAUCAGCAGUGGUAUUAUUGAAAAAUUGAAUUUAAUUCGACACAAAAACACUUUCCGACUAUGUUAAAUAAUUGAGGAUAUAAAGAAGAGGAAGAAAUACUACUUAAAUAAUCUUUCUCUAGUUUUUGGUUUUCUGUUAUAGGAUUGCAUUUCUUUAAUCUAUUCCCUAACUCUAAAAUACACAGGUGUCACUUGAAAAUGUCAGCUUGGGAGCAGUGAAUGUCUCAUAUUUAUAUAUUAUAUAUUAUACAACAAGCUUUCUUCGGGGCCCUCUAUUAUUAAACAUUCGUUUCACUCGUGCUUAAAUACACUCGUAACUUUUUUUUAAACGUCUUGCAUACUAUACUUUGUCUACGCCAUCAAUUUUUGAGUAGUUCCGAACUAACAAGCAUCAAAAUACCAUGCUUUAAAUCUACCGCUACCUCAACGUCCGAUCGCACACAACGCGUGACUAAAAUACCGGAAACGCUCAAAGUGACUCGCGACAGUGUUUAGUAAAGCAGAUGUUUGCGAAUGCCUGCAGUAUAUAAUGGAGUAUUUUAGAGUAGAGAAUAGAAAAAGUAUAGCAUGAAACAACGUUCAUAAACUUUACUUAUACGUUUAUUAAACAUUCGCUCUAAUGUGCUUUAUAAAACUUGCAUAAUAUGUCAUUCGUGCGAGGGUUUCAA